AUGAUUCAAGAUGCGUUUCCGGAGAACACAAUACCUAAGACUCCUUCUUGCAACUUCUUUCGCACACCAGGCUCGGAUCUUUACUGGAAAGCGAACAUCAACAAGUUCCCCGCGUCGCACAGAGAAAUCGGCGCUGCCUUUCAAUACUUUGACGACGAGAUAAGAGAAGAGGCCAGAAAUGACAAAGAAAAUGAAGCAUGCUUGAUCCGCAUCUACCUGGGCGAAAACGAGACUGGAAACGAAGAUUACCACUCGCUGCGCAACUUUCCGAUGCGGUUGAGCAUGGUAAAGAAACUUGACCUGGACAAGACACUGCUCGCAGACGAGAUGGCAAUCGCAUUAGCAAUAAUUCACUGGCAAGCUCAGGUCGACGCCAUGGAUGCAGAAUUCGUGCUUAGGAAGUGCUCGAGCAACGCCAAGCCGCACGAGGUGGAUGUGCUCCCGCUCGAAUUCAACAAGAGAUCGAUUAAUGUCUGGGUUCUGGACUUCGACAAGUCGAGUCGCAUCGAGCUCACGUCUAAUGACGUAGACAAGUACCUGGUUCCCGCUCUCAUCGGCAAUGACCCCUACUAUCCACGGCCGGACGUUGAUACAGAAUUGUGGACGCAGUUCAGCAAGACGUAUCUCAAAGCCAGUCGGCUUGUUCUUCGGAACAAGCAAGUCAGCAGCCAGGCCAUGGAGCUACCUGAGAUAUUCCUCGACAAGGUAGCUUCGAAGAUCAAAGAGCACGAGGGUUGGGAUCCGGAAGAGCACAUUGUGUUCGGGUAA